CCUCGACAGCGACGGUGACCACGCCAUAUCGUCUCCCUUGCCUCUACCCCACCAUGUCUGAAAUUCGAAGGAAGCUUGUUAUUGUCGGAGACGGUGCCUGUGGCAAGACCUGUCUCUUGAUUGUGUUUUCCAAAGGGACCUUCCCUGAGGUCUAUGUCCCUACUGUCUUCGAGAACUACGUGGCCGACGUCGAAGUCGACGGCAAGCACGUGGAGUUGGCACUUUGGGAUACCGCUGGCCAAGAAGAUUAUGAUCGUCUUCGUCCUCUCUCCUACCCCGACUCUCAUGUCAUCCUCAUCUGUUUCGCGGUGGACAGCCCCGACUCGCUUGACAACGUCCAAGAGAAGUGGAUUUCCGAAGUCAUGCACUUCUGCGCGGGCCUUCCCAUCAUCCUCGUCGGCUGCAAGAAGGAUUUGCGUCGUGAUCCUCGUGUCAUAGAAGAGUUGCGCAAGACCAACCAGAGACCCGUCACUCCCGAAGAGGGUCAAGCUGUUGCUCAGAAGAUUGGUGCCCGCAACUAUCUCGAGUGCUCGGCCAAGUCCGGUGAGGGUGUCAAAGAGGUCUUCCAGUAUGCGACUCGUGCCGCCUUGCUCAGCAACAAGGGCAAGAGAUCACACGGCAGCAAGUGCCUGAUCCUAUAAUUCUGGAAAUACAUACCCGUCAUUGUGUCCUCGUAUUUACUUAGCUGGCUCAACUUGAAUGAGUAUUCUCCUUUCACACUUCGAGAGCUGCAUGCAUUCCUCGCUAGGUAGCUCCUACGCAUAAUACAUCCAUCACAAAAACGUAAACCGUUCUUCCGCCGUCAUGAGGCGCGUGACUUUUCGAAAUUGACUCACCUUUCGCCUCGCGGGUUUGAGAUCCCAACCCUUACUCGUACCACCAUGUUCUUGCGCCCUUUGCGACCAAGGCAAGCUUUGCGUGCUGUGCGCUUCACCCCUUCGCGCACCAUAUCGCGUUCCACCCAGCUUGGCGCAUCACCUGCGCCAUCAGCGCGUCCUUCGCCCAGUUUCCAACAAGUACCCCCUGGCAGCACCGUACCCAACAACUCCACUCCCCACUACGGGCCUCCUCCCAAUGAACCGAUGGAUCACUCGUUCAUUGGUCUCAGUGGAGGAGAAGUCUUCCAUGAAAUGAUGCUACGACACGGCGUGAAACAAAUCUUUGGCUAUCCUGGGGGCGCCAUCCUCCCUGUCUUUGAUGCCAUCUAUAACUCCUCUCACUUCGAUUUCGUUCUCCCGAGGCAUGAACAAGGAGCAGGGCACAUGGCCGAGGGUUAUGCCCGUGUGUCUGGGAAGCCGGGGGUCGUCCUUGUGACUUCUGGACCCGGCGCCACCAAUGUCAUCACUCCAAUGCAAGAUGCGCUUUCCGACGGGAUUCCUCUUGUCGUGUUCUCUGGCCAGGUCGCCACUAGCGCCAUUGGCUCAGACGCUUUCCAGGAGGCAGACAUUGUCGGUAUCUCGCGGAGUUGCACGAAAUGGAACGUUAUGGUGAAGGACAUUGCGGAGCUUCCUAGACGUAUAAACGAAGCAUUCAAGAUUGCUACCUCUGGACGGCCUGGGCCCGUGCUCGUGGAUCUCCCGAAGGAUGUCACCGCAGGCAUUCUUCGAUCUGCGGUCCCCGCACGACACACCACACCUAACCAUGAUGCUUUGGGCUUGCCAGUAAAUCCUCUCGCUCUUCCGGAUCCUCCAACAGACCCAGCUGCGAUUCUUCAAGCUGCUGCCCUCAUUAACGCUGCUCAACGACCGGUGAUUUACGCCGGUGCCGGCGUGCUUUCAUCUCCGCAGGGGCCCGCUCUUCUCGCAGAAUUGGCUGAGAAGGGGAAUAUCCCCGUUUGCACUACUCUUCAAGGUCUGGGAGCGUUCGACGAGAUGAAUGAACGGAGCUUGCACAUGCUCGGAAUGCACGGAUCGGCAUACGCUAACCGCGCUAUGCAGAAUGCGGAUGUCAUUCUCGCUCUCGGUGCCCGGUUCGAUGACCGUGUCACCGGCACGUUGAGCACCUUCGCGCCGGGAGCCCGAGCUGCCGCUUCGAAAGGCGAAGGGGGCAUCAUACACUUCGAGAUUCUGCCCAAAAAUAUCAACAAGGUUAUUGAAGCGACCAUUCCCGUCCUCGGAGACGUCGUGCAAAACAUGGGUGCAUUGGUCUCACACAUCGAGAGUGCGCCGAGGAAAGCCUGGUUCGACGACAUCAAGGGCUGGAAAGAGCGGUAUCCGUUCACCUAUGUCCCGAGCAAAGCGGGAGAGAAGAUCAAGCCCCAAGAAGUGAUCGAGGCCCUUGACAAAGCAGUCGGAGACCGCAAGAAGGAUGUGAUUGUGACUACCGGCGUUGGGCAGCAUCAAAUGUGGGCUGCUCAACACUAUCGAUGGACACAACCGCUAUCGUUAGUCACCUCGGGUGGCCUCGGUACUAUGGGCUUCGGUCUUCCUGCUGCCAUUGGCGCCAAGGUCGCAGCUCCGAAAAAGAUAGUGGUUGACAUCGACGGAGAUGCGUCUUUUAGCAUGACUGCCAUGGAGCUCGCCACUGCUUCCCAGUACGGGAUUGGUGUCAAGGUGCUUGUGAUGAAUAAUGAGUUCCAAGGCAUGGUUUUACAGUGGCAAGAUCUGUUCUACUCUGCUCGAUAUUCGCACACUCGGAUGACCAACCCUGAUUUCGUCGCCCUGGCUCGUGCGAUGGGGGUUCACGCUCUCCGCUGCGACAAGGCAGAAGAUUUGGCGUCAAAAAUGGACGAGUUCCUCAACUACGACAACAGCAAACCAAUCCUCAUGGAGUGCCUUGUAGAGCGCAAGGAACAUGUUUUCCCUAUGGUCGCCGCUGGGAAAGCGCUACACGAGUACAUCUUGCAUCCGUCUUUGCGCAAGGACUGAUGGAUGGCAUGUCACCUCAAAAGGCACACACUCGUGCUCCUUGUAUUUCAUACAACCACUUGUAUCAUCGCUUAUAGGAAUUCAUGCAAACGCCUUGGGCUAAACUACUCGGCAGCAUUCAUGACUUGGAGCACAACCUCGCGACGAAGCCACUUGUCCUCCGGAAUCCAGUACCAACUCGCUAUCCCAAACAAGGUGACCGCCCCAAAAAUGACGACCGCAAAGUUGAAUGAGUCGCCGGUCA